AUGGGCUUCAUCCACAGGAGGACCUCCAAGCAGACCAGCAAGGUGAAGACCCUUCUAGGGCUCGCCUUGUCCCGCCUCGCCGCUGCCCGCCGUCCCCGCCUCGCUCGCAAGUCAAUUUCCCGCAGCGAUGUGGGACAGCUACUAGCACUCAGACACCUCGAUCGUGCUCUCCACCGCUUACCGAUGCUGCACCGUCUCUAUCUCCAUGUAGGCAGAGCAGCUCAUAGAGGAGGACAACAUGCUGGAGGCAUUCAACAUAAUAGAGCUAUACUGCAAUCGCUUCAUCGAGCACGCAAAGCAGUUAGACAAGCCCCAUUGGUCUGGAAGCUAUCUGGCAACAAAAGAAACAUGGAGCUGAAGAAAAAGGUGGUGAAAGAGAUUGCUGCUGAGAACAAUGUGCUACUGGAAUUUUCUGAGCAGGAUGGCAGCAGCAACGUUCCGCACCAUCAUGAACUCAACCACGAAGCUAUAUACCAAACUGACAUGGAUGAAAGUUCAGAGUCAGACUCUUACCAUUCUCCCUCGCGCAACAAGGAUCCAUGCGAUAUGUCCAACUCUGAUGGAACAAACAACGGGCAGCCGAAACAAAAGAACAUGAAAACUUCGGUGUGCACAAGAAGAUGA